AUGGUGCUGCCGCCCCCGGACCGGCGCCACGUGUGCCUGACCACGUUGGUGAUCAUGGGCAGUAUGGCUGUCAUGGACGCAUACCUGGUGGAGCAGAACCAGGGCCCGCGCAAGAUCGGCGUGUGCAUCAUUGUGCUGGUGGGCGAUGUGUGCUUCCUGCUAGUGCUGCGCUACGUGGCCGUGUGGGUGGGCGCCGAGGUGCGCACUGCCAAGCGCGGCUACGCCAUGAUCCUGUGGUUCCUUUACAUCUUCGUGCUGGAGAUCAAACUCUACUUCAUCUUCCAGAACUACAAGGCGGCGCGGCGUGGCGCGGCGGACCCAGUGGCGCGCAAAGCUCUGACGCUGCUGCUAUCGGUGUGCGUGCCAGGCCUCUUCCUGCUGCUCGUGGCGCUCGACCGCAUGGAGUAUGUGCGCACCUUCCGCAAGCGCGAGGACCUGCGUGGCCGCCUCUUCUGGGUAGCGCUCGACCUGCUGGACCUGCUGGACAUGCAGGCCAACCUGUGGGAGCCGCCGCGCACCGGGCUGCCGCUGUGGGCUGAGGGCCUGACCUUCUUCUACUGCUACAUGCUGCUGCUGGUGUUGCCGUGCGUGGCACUCAGCGAGGUCAGCAUGCAGGGCGAACACAUCGCGCCGCAGAAAAUGAUGCUCUACCCUGUGCUCAGCCUCGCCACCGUCAACGUGGUGGCUGUGCUGGCUCGCGCUGCCAACAUGGCUCUCUUCCGUGACAGCCGCGUCUCGGCCAUCUUCGUCGGCAAGAACGUGGUGGCACUGGCCACCAAGGCUUGCACCUUCCUUGAGUACCGGCGUCAAGUACGCGACUUCCCGCCGCCAGCGCUAGCCUUGGAGCUGCAGCCACCAGCGGCACAACGAAACUCCGUGCCACCGCCCCCGUCGCUGCACGGUCCACCUGGGCGCCCCCAUGGGCCCUCACCCACGCGGGAUACCCUGGACACGUGA